AUGCCUUUGCGAGGAGAACUGCCCCAGGGAAUGGAUUUGAAUCAUCUCAUGAUGGCCAUUGAUCCCGGACUGCACAUAUCUCAAAUGGCAGCCAUGUCUAAUGGAUCUCCUUCUCCAUCAAGUUUGCCAUCUUCGGGCUCAGCUUCCACUACCGGACCUACAAAUUCUGAGAAUCAAAAUAACGACGAAUCAGCUAACAGUCCAAUCCAUGAUUCUACCGCUUUAAGCAACUUAUUCAACAUAUUACCACAAUUUAAUCAGAAUAACAUAGCCGUGCCAAACCUAUUGGAGCAAAUGCAACAAGGCAAUCUGUUUAACAUGUUAAAUUCAAAUAGUAUUUUGAGUCAAUUAAAUGCAAGUCCAAAUAAGAAUAAGCAACAAAAGAAAGUGUUAGAGGAACAUUCACCUUUGAAAGUUGCUAGCAGCCCUCAGAAUGGAUUGAGCUUUGCUGGUUUUCCAUUCUCUUUGGCUCCUUCUACCUCUACUGCUUCUUCGCAGCCAUCUGUCAUUGUGAACAGUAACUCUGUGACGUCAUCAGAUCGGGAUGAUCUAACACCACCAGCCCAGAAAAGGAUGAAGACUGAAGACGACGAGAAUGCAGCAGCUGCCAAGGAUUCUUGUCCAUCAACACCAUCAUCUUCACCAAAUAUGAAAUGUAAUGAAUGUGAAAAAGAAUUUGAGAAUGAAGAAUUUCUGGAAAGUCAUAAGAUGAUUCAGCAUAAUUCGAUGGCACAAAGAAUUCUCGCUAACAUGGGACUACAGGCAGCUAGCUUCCCAGCAGCUUUGAACUUUUUGAUGCCCAGCUUACCCACCCAAUUUAAUAUAGGAGAUUUUGACACAGCGGCCGCUCUAGCUCAACUCAACAAUACCACGCCAACUGUCAAAAGACAAUAUUCUUCAAACGGGAAAAAUUACUGUGAUCUCUGCAAUAAGGAGGUUUGUAACAAAUACUUCCUUCGAACUCAUAUGCUUAAAAUGCACGGAAUAGUUAUUGAUGAAAAUAAAACUGUUAUUGCUAAUAUUGAUACUGUGGAAAAGGAACGCAUGGGAACUCUGUCGUUCAGAUGCGACAUUUGUCACACAGAACUUAAGUCUCGAAGUCUUUUGAGAGCUCAUAAGCAAGAUUUACAUGGUGUGAUGCCAUUAGCCAAUAGUGCCAGCCGAAAAUCUCUACCUGCAACUCCAACUACUAAUGGAACAACAGCUUCUAACACUGCUACUCCAUCUGUAGCUGAUGAGACAAAGUGUCCGAUGUGUCAACGAAGGAUUCCAAGCAGUCAGCUGGCUGAACAUUUCCAAAAUGAUCAUGCUGGUGACUUGCCAAGUCUUAUCUCAAACUCAUCGGCAGCUAGCGAUUUGAUAACUCCAUUUUCGGCUGCUCCAUCAUCACCAUCGCAAGAAUGCAAAUUCUGCCCAACCACUUUCAAAGAUGAUAUUGAAGCCCAGAUGCAUAUCAUUCAAAAUCACCCAACCGAGUUUAUGCAUCAACAAAUGCAAAAAGAACUCGGCGAACGUACGGAAUCUGUUGGAUCAUCUACAGACGGUGUUUUACACUGUAAACUGUGCCAGUACACAACGAAAGAUCAAAGGAAUUUGGAGAUGCACUUGGAGAGACAUGAUCGAAUCAAUGAAGCUAAGCAGCAACCUGAUGAAGAUGAAGAUGAGGCUCUCAAGAUGACAGCCCGUGUUGCUCUCGGAAUGGCUGCUACUAAUAAGAUGCUCCACCUUCAAAUGGAAGCGGAGAGAUACAAAUGCUCACUAUGUGAUGUCGUUUAUGACGAUGAAGCUAGUCUAGAAGCUCAUGCGACCGUUGCUCACAAUGGACUUUCCAUGGUAAAGAAGGAAACUGAUGAGAAGACUCAUGAAAGGAACAGUCAUACUAGUGGUUCUAUUUCUCCUUCAAACGAAUCAUUGCCCGAAGGAUUUGGUAAAGCUGUUAACGCCGACAAGCAAUACUUGUUCCAAUCGUUCAUGAUCAAGUGUAAUGAUCCUGAAGGUAACUUCUUGACGGAAAUCAUGGCACACUUGCCAGUUAAGUCUCUGAUUAAAGAGCCAACAGAGUUGACCUUCCAAUUGGUUCCUCAACCAUCGAGUAACGUCUUUUGA